AGGAAGAAAUUCGCCGGCGGGUCAGACCGCGGUAUAAAAGCGUUCCGUCGCUGAGCUUCAAACAGGUGCUGUCCACAGAGGGCUCGGCAUGGGAUUUUAAAACUUGUCGUCUUGUGGUGGAUUUUCAUACGGCGGCUGGUACCGGUGGUGUUGUUGGAUUACUUGAAAACUUGACGGUGUCUUCUCUGAAUAUAUUUUUUUAACAGAGCUGCAGUCAAUGAUGUAGAGUGAGCUCCCCUUUUUGUUGCUGCUCCGCUGCUAUGGCAACUAGCGAGGUCAUUAGGUGUAAGACGAUGAAUGGUGGUGAUUUCCACGGAUCAACAGAAGGUUGACUUAAAGAUAAGAUAUCACCUAAAUCCCAAUCAACAAUUUGGCACACAAACUCAAAGGAAGCUGAGUAACAAAGGGGAAUAAUUCGUUUACAAAAAAUAAAAAUCAAACAGAGUUGUCUUUCUUGGAUGUUUAUACAAGAACAGGUGGAAGAUUUGUGUUAAAACAUUUGUGAAUUUUGUUUACUUUAAAAAAAAGUCGGGGAUUUUUUUUAUUCUAUUUAUAACAAUGCCGGACAUAACACACAAUUUCCGAAGCACCGGCAUUGGAAGUGUACGAUACUUGGCUAUUUGGGUGGUCGCCGUGACAAGUUUAUGCCAAAUUCAAGCGGUGAGCGGAUAUUACAACCCCCUGAAAUGUGGGGUGUGUCACGUGGCCAAGUGCCCGGAACUGCACUACUGCGAGGGUCAGCCCAUCAAGGACCACUGUGGCUGCUGCACCAUUUGUUCCUCGUCCAAGUUCCAGCCACACGUCGUGAUAUCACACAUGCCAGAAGCGGCCAGCCCAUGUGAUGAGAAGAAAUGUAAAAAGAUGGAAGUGUGUGUAGAGAACAUGCAGGGCCUGCCGCUGUGCGAGUGUCCGACGCCGUACGUGUGCCGGAGAGCCAAGAUCCGGGAGAUGUGCGGCACGGACGGCAAAACCUACCCGUCUAGGUGCCACAUGAAAAUCGCAUCUUGUAACGAAGGGAAGGUCGUGAGGAAGAAACACCGAGGGCCCUGCUCGGAGGAGGAGGUGAGCUACGUGGAGAAGAGACUGAAGAAGAACAAGACAUUGAGGAAGAGACAGAAACAGGAGGACCUGGAGGCGGAGGAGCUGAAACGCGAGAAGAGGAGAAAGAGAAAAGAGCGCAGGAGGCGGAGGAGAAAGAGCGGGAGGGCUAACAACGGUAAGACGAGACCGAGACGCCACCGUGGAAAGAAUCAGCAGAACGUGAAGACUUUUGAAGAGACUUUUCCUGAUUAUAGCUGGAACUCGAGUUAGUUUUUUAGGGCGCGUUUCGGUGUUUUUUUUUUUUUUUUUGCCCGUGUCGAUUCACUUUUGUUUCGGAAUUUAGCUUAACACAUGAGUAUCAUUCAGUAAAAUGUAGUGUGUACUGACACCAGUCCGUUCAAAAGUGUAACACGUGUUAUGUGAACUAUGGAAUUGUGAUUUUAUUUUUCUUUGUAAAGAAUUGUCUACACACAAAAUGAUGACGCUGAUGAGUCAUUCUAUUCUGUAAAUGUAAUUAAUUUUUAUAAUUAAUUUUAUUUUUCUCCGUGUAGUGGUGUAAUUUGGUAGAAGUUUGGUGUAUCAAACAGAGGAAUUUCAUUUUUUUAUUCAAACAUGGCUUUGUGUUCGAGUAGUAAAAUAUGUAUGUGAAGUAGAGUUGAUCAGGAGGGUUUGUGUGUGUUGUCUUGCAACUACGAGGCAAAAACACAGCAACACAGUACACAAACUUCCCAAUGUUCAGAAGAGAGUGGAGCGGGUGGUGGGAAGGAGGGGAUUUCCUUAAGAUUUUAGAUGUCCUCAAAUAUUUUCAAGAUCUAUGUUGUUUUUUUUGUUUGGGUCUCCUUUGAGUUCCUUGCAGUACAGCAAAUCCAGAAUGACGGUAGAAUAUUCUAGGAGUUAGUCUCCAGGCAUGGGGUGACUAAAGGAAGAGACUUUUCUCCCCGGGCGGUACUUGUAUUCAUACACACAGCUCUACGAACAGUAUAUAUAUAUAUAUAUAUAUAUAUAUAUAUAUAUAUAUAUAUAUAUAUAUAUAUAUAUAU